AUGAAUUGGUCUCCUCCAAGGUAUCCUCUAUACAAGACUAAUGUGGAUGGUGUUGUUUUCUCAGCCCAAAAAGCUGCCAGUGUAGGUGUAAUAGUUCGUGACCAUGAGGGGAGGUUCAUUGCUGGUUUAAGUAAGAAGAUCCAUGAUCCUUUGGGAGCUAUUGUAGCUGAAGCUAAGGCAUUUGAAGUUGGCAUUAUUUUUGCAAAGGAAGUGGGUAUUAGAGAAUUUGUGUUGGAAGGUGAUUCCAUCAUCAUUGUACAAGCUUUGAAGGAAUGUUCACAUGCUCCAUCUUCUGUAGUACCUUUGAUUUAUGGGAUGUUAGCUAAAUGUCAUGAGUUUCGGAAUGUUGCUUUCUCUCAUGUUCGACGACAAGGCAAUAGGCCUGCUCAUUUGUUAGCAAAACAUGCUUUAGGCAUGGUUGAUUUUUCUGCUUGGAUUGAAGAGUGUCCUUGUUUCUUAGAACAAGCUAUUAUCCAUGAUGUUAUUGUAUCUUAA